GAAACAGAACGAUAUAUAUCUCUUGUCCACCUUUGUCAUGUUGUUUGUUAAUACGGAUGAUGAGUCAAUUUUAAACGCAUCGUAGAAUGUUUAAGUAACGUGAUUUCCAUUGAAAAAUACAAAUCGGAAUUCAGGAGUCACCCAAAAGCUACACCUCGAAGCAUGGCUACUACAUCAUUGAUCUUUGUUAUGUCUUUAAUAUAUGGGGUAUCAUCAAUGUGCUAUCAUAGUAAUCCUAAAAGAUUCGUCACCAAUCCAAAGAGUGUCAUAGUGAAGGAAGGUGAAAAUGCAACAUUCACUUGCGUUGUCUCUAACUUCAAUCAAGGCACUGAUAGCAUUACCUGGUUCAUAAACCCAACGUUGCAUGACCACGAUACUAAGGAUUCAUUCAAUGAAAACGCUCGAGAAAUGACAUCUACUUUGACAGUCUACCGCGUUGGACAUGUUGGAAGAAGAGAACAAUCUCACCACUGCGUGUUGUAUGCUCUUGACAAAAACUAUAACUUGCACAUGUGUCAUUCCAAGACUGGAACGUUGCAUGUUCAGUAUUUUCCCAAAAGAGACGAACUGCAAUGUGGACCAAAGGACCGAUUGAUUUUCGACGAGAAAGAUAUCAUUCAGCCCUGGUGUAACACUUCGUACUUGGACUCAUCGAUGCUGGUGAUGUGGUAUUUAGACAAUAUCACUAUUUAUCCAGUGAACUUUAACGAUCAAAAUAAUAAUACACAGGGGCUUCCCAAAUCAUUUGAAGCAGCACAUGAACUUCACAACAAAUACCUCACAUGUGUUCUUUCUUCCCCGACGUCCUUUCCUGGACAAGAGGUAUCAUGCUCGAUUGGUCCUAUCAUCGUUAAUGGCAAACCAACGAGAGUGCCACAGAUUGCAAGCGCCAGUUUUGGAACACUAGCAACCAGCGUCCAAAACUUGACUUUCAGCUACACUGUUGACAAAGAUGCUGUUACUGUUCUUGGUAAAAAUGGUAAAGUUGAAGGAUUAUCCGAUCCAGCAAGUACCUCUACAAUUCCUUAUCCGGGUGCUUCGUUGAUGACAGUUAGACCUACUGUCAGUGAUCUAGAUGAUGUCAGCAGCGGUGUGGCUGUUCAUGACAUAAUUCCUUCGGCUGCGGACAAUGAAAUCCCUAUUCUGACAAAAAACCAUUAUCUUACCAUAACCAUAGGAGCCAUCAUAGCUGCAGUUCUUCUGAUCACCUGCCUAUUUUCUGUUCUCAUAAUCGUCCUGUACAUGCAUUUUAAUCAACCUAACCAUGCUAACAGAACUCUCACUUUUAGUGACUUCCAGGAACUUCAAAAAAUUGCCGGCAUAAUUCCAUUACCACAGCAGGAAGCAUGUCAGUACUCCAGAGAGGAUGAUGUGAAUAUUGACGAACCCGAUUAUGCUGAACCGCAAUCAUGGAACGCACCACUUUCCCCAAGACCAACCCAUCAUGACAUCACUUGCUGGAGGGAUUCCUGUGAUUCAAAGAUCUUUGAUUCUAGGCACCAAGACAGUUCGAGUAGCUCGAUCACAAUGAGUUCGACAAGUUCACGCGAUCCAUCUGACGACGUUACAAGCAGAGGGUCUGAAAAUGAAAGUUCCCCUGAUCUAAAAUCAAACCGACAUUCCCCAGGAUUCAUAUAUGGUAAUCAGCUCGUGGUGGAUAUGGAUGCACAAUCUUCGAAGACAGCUAAAGCAAGUUGUACUGGCAGACAGAUAGACACGUCAUCCAAGUUUCCUACUCCCCCUCCCCUUCCAAACAGAAAGGAAUAAAGUUGUAAAGACUUUAAAAACAAUAUUAAAGUCCAGAAAAACAAACAAUACUUACCAUGCUUACUGUCAUUUCCGCUUAGCUCCACAACAUGCUUGAAUACUCUAGUGGCCCGGGGUGGAGGGGGCGAGCUAGGAUUUGAAAAGGGUAGGGGUGUGCGGCCCGGAAAUCUGAAAUUAUACCCAUGCUAACUAAAGUUACUAGGAAAUCAGGGGCUUACGAACUAGGUGCAUCCUCUGCAAAAGGGGAUGCAUAGGAACUGGAAAUGGGGGUAUCCGAAUACGCCUGAACUGAGGGGGCUUAGGAAGGGGGGAGGGACGAGUUGGUCAAUGAUAACGGGUGAAAAUGAUAAUUUUCCUAAGUCAUGAUGGAGAGUCGAAUGCGGUCAUGCAUUCUCGAUGAACCAUUCCCAUUUCAUGAUUGCUAUUUUUUGUUCAAUCUAGUCCUUAAUGUGUAAUAGUUCUGGGGAAAUCAAGGGCCGAAAGCUUUCCCGAAUUUUACUAUGUCCUAUACGUUCCCGCAUAUCUCAUUACAAGCCUAAAGGACAGGUCGCGAUACAUUUUAUCUGCUACCAAAUGGAUUGCAGAACCAUCUUAAACUGAUUCUCAAUAUGGACAAUGAUUGUGAUUUCACCACUCACGUCAAUUAAUGUUUGUGUGUUGUGGAAACUGUAUUUAACCAAUAACAUUACGUACAGAAUGAGAGUUUAUGAAAAGGCGUAAAAUAUGUCUCAGAUAUGGCAAGAAACGUCCUUGUCUUAGGACGAUACAUGUUGUACCGUAUUAAGCGUGAGUUCGAUACCAUCCAUGUAAAUACGCUUACACAUAAUGCGAAAUUUAUCCAAUAAAUAUUCGGUGUGAGUACGGUAAAAAAUGAAUAUGGAGUAAUAAUAUAAAUUGGUCGAAAGACAAUUUUUGUCAUUUAAUAAUAUAUAAGGACAUACUGAGCUCGUUUUACACAAAAAAUGAAAAACAAACAUCAAAUUUUAUGUUUCUUUUUUUAUAUUUUACAGUUUCAUUUACUACGGAGAUUUCUUUGAAAAUGCAAGUCAAAUCACAAUGGAGAGCAGAGAGGCUUUUGUCGAAAGUUGGUGGACCUGGACAGUAUCGGAAUCUCUUGACUCUUGACAACGACAUAUUUUUAUUUGUUCAUCUGGUGCAAAUCUUCGGAUGAUCUGCUGUCCUAGUCCAUGAGCUUUAGACAAAAGCCUCUCAGCUCUUCAUUAUGAUUUUAAUUGCGUUCUCAUAGAAAUCGAUGCAUUGUAGUGAGUGACUCCGUAGUAAAUGCUAA